AUGUCGGACAUAUUCCGACCAUUUUUUCGAUCCGUGGAGGACAAGGUCGCGAACAGGCGCGAACAGCUGCGCAAGGCCCAGAAGACCUUCCGUGAACGACGAGACCAAUAUCUUCGCGUCCUGGAGAAGUCCGUCCGGCGCCUGCAAGUCACCGAAGUGAGGCUACAGAGUGAAGUUGACCGGCUUGAGCGAGAUCUGGCCGUGACGAGGAGCAAACUGGCCCAGUGCGAGGCCGAGCUGCACAAGUCGACAUCAUGGACAGAAUACGAUUACGCCUACCUAAACAAGAGCGGCUUUGUACCUGGCUCCGGAGAAUUCAAUCUCGCCCCUGAGAUAGGUGGCGCAUUGAGACCGGCUUACCUCUCACCACCCCCCAAUGGAUGGAGUGAGAGUGGGACCAGUGCAUCCUUCAGCCGCAACGCCUCCUCCAGUACAACUCUUGUCUGGAUCGAAACAGAGGACGGUCAGCCGAUUCAAAUGCAUGUCCAUCAAAGGCAAGGUAUUGGUUUUCUGCCACCCAGUACGGGUAAAAAUGCGCGUAGCCGUGCUCUAUCCCUAGCUCCAGCCUCUCUAGGCCCUGAGAGAGGCGCGACGACGGUCCUGGUGGCCCAGCUGGACGCCGUGGGCAUUGCGAUGGAAUUUGUGCUCAAGUACACACUGAGAGAUGGAAUGAACUUCAGGCUCGAAUCUCCAUGUCUCCCUCACCUCCGCCAGAACGAUGAGGAAGAAAAUAGCCCUUCCAUAUCGACCAGCUCACCCCACGGCCACGUCCACACAGCCUCAGCGGCCCUUCUGUGCUGUUAUCCGUCUCCUUCAUCCUCUUCCUCGGCCUCACCUCCGACAUCGACACCAUAUGCACCCACAAACACAUACACCUCGCCACUCUCACCAGCGACGACGUCAUAUUCCCUUUCACCCUCUUCCUCCCUGACCUGGCCUGCCCCGAAAGCGACGCUCGAACGCCUUCUUGCCAUCUCCGAUGACCUGCCCAUCGACCAGGCCUCGGAGUUGACUCCAGUCCAAGUAUGGCACUAUGUCCGGCAGUCGCCGAGCUUCCCAUCGAUGAAAAUCCAGGGUUUGAACGAAAUGACUGAGAGGCUGGUCGCACAAGUCAAGUGUUAUGGGUAA